ACGUGCAGAACAUUUUUCCUAUGAGGGAGAUAUUUUUUUCUCUGCCAUCUGCUGAUUCAUAUGUGCUUAUGCGAUACAGGAUUCUUUGCCAAAGUUUUAUGAGUUUCUUGGAACUCCAGUCAUGGGACACUAUUACUUAACAAUGGACCAAAAAACAAACACUUCCUCUCUUGUGAACACCAGGAAGAAAAAGGGAAAGAGUGUUGUAUGCUGGAGCGGUUUGCCCUUUUUUUCUGAGCAGCAGAGAAAGCAUUUGUGUUCUACUGUGCUCAGUCAUGUUUUGUCUAUUUCCAAAUGUGUACAGCUUAGCUCUUGAGUGUUCGUGAGAAAUUCAUUUUUAAAGUAUGUCUUGUAUUUCUGGAUAAGCAGUAACUGCCGCAGAUAAGAUCACAAAGAAGUUUCCAUUCUGGUCUUUGAUUUUCAGUCAGUGUUCGCAUCCCUUUACCUCUGAGAUUGACAUCUUCUGUGUUUAAUCUUUGGAAGCUUAUUUUAAAGUAUGGCUAAUCAUGCAUGUGAGAAUGGAAGAAAUAGUAUCAGGGGACAUGCCUUUUUCUGAUGAGCACUGCAAGUUGGGAUAUGAGUUAAUUGCGUUGGAGCUGAAUCUGACAUGCUGAAGUCACGGUUUACUGUACAAGAAGUAGUAGUAUUGUUAAAUAUGUUGAAGAAAUUGAUUCUUUUGCUACACUUCACAUCAGUUUUAUUGAUAAAUAUAUCUAUAUAAAUCAAAGCUGUGUUGUUCUUUCUGUGAAAAGAAGUGAUAUUUCUGUCCCUUACUCAGCUGGGAAGGUCGGGCUGUUGCCUAUCUUGCGUUCAUUCUAAUUGGCACCAAAUAUGCAGUAGCUGUGCUUGAGAAUCUUGCUAGCUGCAAGAAUCUUGCUUCUUGCUUUGAGACGAGUUGUUUGAGGGAAUAUGGCUUUGGUAGCAUGCCUUUGAGGCUGCACAUUCUUAUGUGUAUACAGUGCUCAUACGCAUACUUCCAAAAGGUCAUUAAACUUUUCCAAAGCUAAUUACUUAACAAGGUUAUACCACAGCAGAGUUUCUGAUCUGUUGCCAAUUCCUUGUGUCUUGUGUGCUGGUGAAACUCAAAUCUGUUAUAAGUGUCAAGGGUUGUCCUACUACUGUAGCUGGAUUAAAGCUCAACUUCACUAUGCUUAAAGAAUUCUAAUAUAUAAAAGCUGCAUAACUUUCCUUCUCUGGAGUUGUGCUCCUUGUCUUAUAUGAUGAUAUAUGUUUUACAGCUUCUAAUUAUUCACCGUUUUAACGAAUCUGCAUUCUGUUGAAGCAAAACUUAGAGGUCUUUGCUCAGAACUUUUUCAAGGGGAUGAUGCUCUAACUAACUGUGGUACUGGUGAUAGGACUUGAGGAAAUCGUAUUACAAUCAAUAGAUCAGACACACAUUGCUCUUAAAUUCUUCCAGUUAUCUGAGAGGAAUCACAGAGCUCCAGAGGCAUGUUGAUAUUUUGGUCUAGGGUUUACUCUUUAAAUAUGUCGCAUACUAGAAACGUUCCUUUUCUAGUAGCUGAAAUAAGUAGGCCCGCUGCUGGUGUCAAUCUAGUAUCCUCUGUAAUUUAAAUUUUACAAGUAAGUCAUCUAGCUCAUUUGUGUUAUUCUUACUCUCCUAUGCAUCUUGUUGAGCAACCUUUAAAGGGAUCGGGCACUCCAGGAGGUCUGAAUCCUAACAUCUAGCAAAGUGACAGGACAAACUGCACCCUUACACUACUUGAGACACUGAUGUGAGCUUUUAAUAAUGUCUUUUGUUGGCAGAAUUUCAGCACAGCUUGCCCUUCUGAGCCUGGCCAGCAUCAAUGAUGGCAAGAUUCCUAAGCGCUGUACUGCAUACCCUGUGGAUCCUUUUCUUUUCAUAUGCAACAAGCGAAGUUACAGCUACAGGACACAUACAAGAAUUUGGAUGCUUUAGUGACUUUGCAAAAGAGCUCGUUUGUGACUGGAAGGUGCCUGCACAGACAAACUGCUCCAAAGAAUUCCUGCUCUACUACAGGGAGGAAAUUUUCUCUCCCCAAAACGUGUGUGUCCCUGAGAAUGGAAAAGAGAGUUUCACAUGCACUUGUACAAUAUAUCCCGAUUAUUUUGUAUCGGGCCUCACCUAUGUUCUAGCUUUACAGUUCAAUGGGACUGAUAUGUGGAAUUACAGUGUUACACCAGCCCUGGUUGUUAAGCCAAGGGCCCCCAGAAAUCUUGCCAUUGAGAAAGCUGAAAAUGGUAAUUUCAAUCUGAGCUGGGAGGAGAGCUACACCCCUCCAUCCAUGCUCUCUGGACAGCCAGUCAUCUUUGAAAUAAAAUAUUGGAGCAAGCAGCGCCCAGGAGAGGUUUCUAUAAAAUCAAUUAACUACCAGGCAAAAAGCUUUGAAAUUACUGCAAGCUCCUUGCAGAGAGGCUAUGAUUACGUUGCAAGUGUACGGUGCCAGUAUACAGACUACCCAGCCUACUGGAGUGACUGGAGUGACAGAGUUGAAUUUCACUGUGAUUAUCAAGUAACAUCUGAAGACAUUCUGCAGAUGGCUGUUCCUAUAUCUUGCAUCCUGAUCAUGGCAGUAGCUGUAACUUGUUAUUUCUGUUUUACCAAAGUGAAGAAAGAAUGGUGGGAUCAAAUCCCAAAUCCAGCAAAGAGCCAUUUGGUUGUAAAAAAUGUCAAGCUUUCAGUCUUGUGCUACAUCGAUGAAAUUAAGUUCCCUUUCCAUGACAUAAAGCAGAGUCAUAUGGAAAAACAAAUAAUUUGCAAAAGCUGUCUGUCUCAAAGUUUGUCAAGCCAAAAUUUCAAGGGAAAAGAUAACAUCAGAAACGCUGAGAAAUCUUGCAGUUGCCAUAGCAAGACUGGAGAGUGGUUUCCAAAAGGCAGUAAUGCAGUUUUAACCCCUGAGACAAUUCUCAUUGAAGAGUCUAUAGAAAUCUGUGAAUGUUUAACAGACAUUGAGGCUGAGAGCCAGGAAGAAACUCAUGACCAGAUCACCAUGUUUGAGUCUUGUGACACCAGUGUCAGUGCUUUCAGGGAGCACACCGAACACAAUGAUGCACUAGCUAACAUGUUCAUUGAGCUCUUGGAAGAUGAAAACAACAUGAAAGAUGAUAAAGACCCAGAUGUCAUCACAAGUGAAAAUAAAACCUUUGAGAAACUUGAGUCAGAAAAUGAGUCUCAACGAAGUCCUACAGAAAGCACAGCCCAGAGUCAGCAGACAUAUGGUAUUUCUCAUAGAGUUUCCCCUUUCACCAGAGCCUCUCAAGAUGAGUACAAUUGCAGUACAACCAGCAAGAAGUCAGUACAAUCAGAAGAAUCCUUUGAAUCUGGCUAUCAGAGCUCCAGCACAAAUUCUGCUUCUCUGGAUGCAAGAGAUGCUCCCCAUAUGCUUCAUCAAAGCCUUUUUCCAUGCAGUUCUGAAAGUCAGCGUAACUCAUCUGUCCUGAUUGAGGAAUCUCCAAAUAAACUAGCCUUUGUGAUCAACAAAGACAGAAUAAGCAACCCUGCAUACAAGAGCUUUGGCACCCUUGUGUCUCUACCUGGGGAGCCAAGUAGUUCUGCAUACAAGAGCUUUGACACCCUUGUGUCUCCACCUGGGGAGCCAUGUAGUUCUGCAUACAAGAGCUUUGACACCCUUGUCUCUCCACCUGGGGAGCUAUGUAGUUCUGCAUACAAGAGCUUUGACACCCUUGUCUCUCCACCUGGGGAGCUAUGUAGUUCUGCAUACAAGAGCUUUGAUAUUCUUGUGCCCACAUUCAGGGAGCCAAGUAGCUCUGCAUAUAAGAGCUUUGAUACCCUAAUGUCUCAGUCUAUGGCAAACAGUAGCUUGACUAUGCAUUUUGAAAAUGUGUGUUCCUCGCUGCCUUUGACCCAGCUUUCAGAGACACCAGAACUUUGCUGCAGAGGUCAAGUUUAUCGACCCCCUAGCAGUCAGACAUGUUAUACCAACUGCAGAUCUCCCUGCAAUGAGCUUGAUUUUCAAAACACCUGUUCAGAACAUACUGAUUUUCCAUCUUUCUCCACACGUGCAAAUGAUGGAGUUUCAGCUUUCCUACCAGAGGAGGAAAUACAUAAGCAAGUAGCGUAUCAAAAUGUUCAAAAGACAGCCGACAUGCUUUCUUGCCCUGUUGGACCUCAACCGUCUGGUUAUCAACCUUUUGAUACUGCAGUUAGAUGUAAUGGUACAUACUUUGACAAUGACAGUGAAGUUAUCUCUAAGUCAUUGUAUGAGCCCUUCAUUCAUGUGUUGUACAACAACCUGAGAGAAACACCGCCAGAUACCAUCAUCCAUGAAUCUGACCAGAAGAUAGAUGACCAUGUAUGUUUGAUUGUACAGGGCUUUGAUUGUGGCAUAGUCCCAGGUGUAACCUCUAGUGAGAAUGUCGCACACAGUAGUAGUGAUGGCAGCCUUUGGAUCAUCAACUCUAACAAGCUGCCAAAUGAUAGCAAAGAUGAAAAUGCCAGCAGAGGCAAACAGCCGUUGCAUUUGUUAGAGCUGAACUGUCAAGAUUUUAACAACAGAGAAAGAACUCUAAAGGGAACAAACCCUAAUGGCUAUAACUGUAAUGGUAAAGGAAUGCAAGAGGACAGCAGUAACAAGCUAAAUACUGUCCUGUGCCCUACACGUAAUCAUUUGAGGAAGUUUGGAAAUGAAGGGGAAAAUAAACAGGUAGGAAGCGGAAGGUGUGGCUCGACAGCUAACUUGUCAGAAGAAUCACUAGGCAGCAUUGAGCUGAACUUAAAAUCUGCAGAGCCACCGGAGCUCUUGGUCUCAGACAAGCUGUCAGCUCCUCUUUGUAUGGAUGACCACUGUCCUUCUGAUUGUCUCACUGUUCACACUGAGGAUUCUAGACUGGUACCUGCAGUUAAAAAAAGACCAGCAGAACUAUUCAGGGAAAACAACAGGAGGAAUGAGAAAAGAAUUAAACUUUUACAUGCUCUUGCCCAGGAGGACAACUGUUACAUGAAGGUAGCCUAGUCAUGUUUGCCAAGAGAACCACACCAGCCUUUGGAAAUAAACCGUGUGGCAAAUUGAAAUGGUGCUUAUUCUUCCAAUUUUGCCUAAAGUGAGGGCUACUACAGUACAAACGUGGAUUCACUGUGUUGUAGCACAUGCUUGCUGCAAAGGUGGCAGCUGGUAUGUGAGGCAGACUGUUGGGGGACAGCAGGGGCUAGCACCUAAUGUAGCUACAGCUCUGUCAGGAAGGCACAGAGCUGAAGUUUCUCUGGCUAUGAUCAUUCCUUGAAAGUGAGCAGGAGCUGCAUAAACUAGGAGUUCUUAUUUGGCACAGCUCCUGUGGCUGGUUAUUGCUCUGGGUCUGUAUGUUGCUUGGGAAGCACAAAAGAUGAUAUGGAAGUUGCUGACCUGGAAGUGGGAAGUACGUGCAAGUCAAAGGGGAAGUGACUGCCUUGCGCUGAUGGAAUUGCAUACCUUCUGUUAUUUGUUUGUUGGAGGGGGUGCAGGGGGUGUUUCUGUGUGCCUGGCACCGGCAUGUGGUAUAUGUUUUUAUACUUCUUUAAUCAAGAUCUGAAAUAAAGAUUACUGUCAUUUGGGC